AUGAGGACUGGCCGUUCCGCACAGUCCUUCAAAGCCCCCGCAUUUUGCAUGCAAAGGGCUCUUCGCGCUGCUGCUGGGGGGCCCCUCGAGGGCCCCUCCCCCGCCUUAGCGAUUCGUAAAAAGUAUCGCUGGUGGCUAAGAGACCUCCUUGCAGCCUUCCCCCUUGAUCCGAAGCAGCAGGAAUACCAGGAGCAGCAGUUGUUGCUCCUCCAGAACAAGAACGACGACUCCGUGUUGUGGGAUCCCUUCGCUGCAGAUGAAGAGCAGCCGGCUCAGAGUGGCGGCAGCAGCGUGAAGCGAAGAAAGAAGCUGGGCAGUCCAGAAGACGCUGGAGGCACUGCUGCCGCGAUGGGAGUAUAUGAAGAGCUGCGCAGCUGCUGCUUGGAUUUCCUCUGCGUGCUGCUCCACCUCAGUUGCUGCCACACAGAGCAUCGACGCUGCUGCGUUGUAAGGUGCAGAGACGUGGCCGUCGCAAGGGAUGCCUUAGGAAGCGAACAAGAAAGCGAAAGCAGCAGCGCCUCCUCUAGCGACGAGAGCUGGCACCCAGCUUCCCCCGCCAGGAGCAGCGGCGACAGCGAAGGCAGCACCAGUGGCGAAGACUCCGACGGAGCCUCAGAGGCGGAGGGGCCCCUCCCCAAUGUGCAGGUGUGUGUCACGGACUCUGGUGAGUGCGACAGCUUUGGGGGAGUUAGAGGAGUUUUUCAAGGGGCUUCAAGCAAGGGGGGGGGGGGCCCUAGGCUCUCCUUGCAAGAGUAUCUGAGUAGCGUGGUGAACUGCAGAUGCGGUUGCGCUGAGCCGGAGUGCGACCCGGACGAAGACACGGAAAGCGAGGCAGGGGGGGAGGCCCUCGAAGAUACCACUAGCUCGAGCGAGGAAGAGCAAUACAGUAGCGCAGGUCUGUGCGCACUCAGGGAUCUUGGUGUCCAUACCUCAAGCCAGUUGAAAUCGAGUCUGGCCGCGUUUGCAGCCUGCAGAAAGCACUUUCCGGCACGAUACACGCUUCUAGAAUUCAAUCAUGAUGAGCACACCAGAACAACCUGCUUGGGAGAAGCUCAGUUGAUACAAUGCAGAGCUGUGUUGAGGCGUGGAAGCCGCCCUGUGGAAGAGAACCUAUGUCCAGACUUUUUGUGGGGAAGGGAGAUCCCUGAGAGUGAAGGCGAAGAAUUCGCCAUUGAAGCUGCCCUAGCGAGAGGCCCUAGUGAGUCCCCUUUGUGUAGACACGCCAGCACACCUCGACAAGCCGCUACCCGUGAAAAAAGAGGUCGCUCGGCUUCAAGUUGUGUGUGGCGGCUCGAAUGA